UCACACCACAGCCCCUGGAUUACUGCCCCUUAUCUACACUGUCCAUGCUCCUUGCUUAUGUCUUAAGGUCUUCUGCUGAUUGCUUCAGAGUCAUGGCAGCCCAGGGAUAAGCCCUGGGGUGUUUGACUGCUGUUGGUGGUGGUCAGGGACCCUCGGUGCUGGUCAGGGGUCCUUCUUCAGCCAGCAAGGGUACUGAGCACUGGUGUAGGAUCUGCAAACACCAGUGUUUGCUGCACAGAUAAUCAAACUGGUGUUUUGCAAGAGCUUCUGUCCCUUCCAGUGAGGUCAGGCCUCAGUGUUCUCCUGGGGCCUCCAGCAGCCCCAGGCUGGGGCAGGGGUGAGGGCCAGGAAGACAGAUGCCUGUGCCCGUGCGCUGUCCAGCAGCACCUGGCACCCGGCAGAGCCCGGCGGCUCGGCCCCCCUGCGCCGCACGUGCAUGCGAUGCACCGGGGCAGAAGGCAAUCGUUUCCCAUCUGUGUCCUGCGCGGCAGCUGAGCCCUGCGCUGGCCCCGCUCAGCGCCCAGUCCCGGCGCUGUCGUGUGCUGCAGCCACUUCAGCUUCGUCUCUCGCUGGGGGAGAGCUCAAGGGGCCCCUGCUCCUGCCCACGGCCCCGACGCCCACCUGCCGGGGGGCCAGCAGCCAGCUGUCCGCAAGGUCGUCUGUCCACACCGGGUAAAUCUUUAACUGCUUCUUGGGAAACACCUGGGAGCUGCCGCUCGUGUGGGUGCCAGGGGGUUCAGAGACGCUGCAGGGGCUGGGAGCCAGCAGGAAGAGACCCCGCCGCCAACCCACCCACCCCAGGCCCUGCGUCCUCCACCAGGAGCCCUGCUACCCUGCAGCUUGCUCUGACGGUGGAUUGAAGGACGCUGGUGCUGGUGCCGCAGGCAGCGUGACAGAGAGUGGGCAGGCGAGAGACCCUGCACUGGGCAGCCGGCACCGUGCUCCGGUCUCCAGGAAUGGCCGAUAAGUGCAGCGAGGGGCUGCUGAACGGCGCCGUGCCCGGGGAGCGGGGCAAGCAGGAGAAGAGCGUCAAGCGUGGCAACUGGGGCAACCAGAUCGAGUUUGUGCUGACCAGCGUGGGCUAUGCCGUGGGCUUGGGCAACGUCUGGCGCUUCCCAUACCUCUGCUACCGCAAUGGGGGAGGUGCCUUCAUGUUCCCCUACUUCAUCAUGCUCGUGUUCUGCGGCAUCCCCCUCUUCUUCAUGGAGCUCUCCUUUGGGCAGUUUGCCAGCCAGGGCUGCCUUGGCGUCUGGAGGGUCAGCCCCAUGUUCAAAGGCGUGGGCUACGGGAUGAUGGUGGUGUCCACGUACAUCGGGAUCUACUACAACGUGGUGAUCUGUAUUGCCUUCUACUACUUCUUUGUGUCCAUGACGCGCGUGCUGCCCUGGACGUACUGCAGCAACCCCUGGAACACGCCCGACUGCGUGGGGGUGCUGGAUGGGAACCUCUCCAGCCGUGCUGCCCUCAACAUCACCCAGCUCCUCAACACCACCCAGAAACGCACCAGCCCCAGCGAGGAGUACUGGAGGAGGUAUGUGCUGAACCUGUCGGACGAUAUCGGGAACCUGGGCGAGGUGCGGCUGCCCCUCCUGGGCUGCCUUGGUGUCUCCUGGGUCGUUGUCUUCCUCUGCCUCAUCAAGGGCGUGAAAUCCUCGGGGAAGGUGGUGUAUUUCACGGCCACCUUCCCGUAUGUGGUGCUCACCAUCCUCUUCGUGCGCGGCAUCACGCUGGAGGGGGCUGUCACUGGCAUCAUGUACUACCUGACGCCCCAGUGGGACAAGAUCCUCAAUGCCAAGGUGUGGGGUGACGCGGCCUCACAGAUCUUCUACUCGCUGGGCUGUGCCUGGGGCGGGCUCAUCACCAUGGCCUCCUACAACAAGUUCAACAACAACUGCUACCGGGACAGCAUCAUCAUCAGCAUCACCAACUGUGCUACCAGCGUCUACGCUGGCUUCGUCAUCUUCUCCAUCCUGGGCUUCAUGGCCAACCACCUGGGUGUGGAUGUCUCCAAGGUGGCCGACCACGGGCCAGGCCUGGCCUUUGUCGCCUACCCUGAGGCCCUCACCUUGCUCCCCAUCUCGCCACUGUGGUCCGUUCUCUUCUUCUUUAUGCUCAUCCUCCUGGGGCUGGGUACACAGUUCUGCCUGCUGGAGACUCUGGUCACGGCCAUUGUGGAUGAGGUGGGCAACGAGUGGAUCAUCCGCAAAAAGACCUUCGUGACGCUGGGAGUGGCUGUGGCUGGCUUCCUGCUGGGCGUCCCGCUCACCACACAGGCGGGGAUCUACUGGCUCCUGCUGAUGGACAACUACGCUGCCAGCUUCUCCCUGGUGGUCAUCUCCUGCAUCAUGUGCGUGGCCAUCAUGUACAUCUAUGGGCACCGCAACUACUUCAAGGACAUCGAGAUGAUGCUGGGUUUUCCUCCCCCGCUGUUCUUCCAGAUCUGCUGGCGCUUCAUCUCACCUGCCAUCAUAUUUUUCAUCCUGGUCUUCACAGUGAUACAGUACCGGCCCAUCUCCUACAAUGACUACGUCUACCCUACCUGGGCCAUCAGCAUCGGCUUCCUCAUGGCACUCUCUUCCGUCAUCUGCAUCCCCAUCUACGCCAUCUACAAAGUGUGCCGUUCUGAGGGGGACACACUGCUUGAGCGCUUGAAAAAUGCUACCAAGGCAAGCAAGGACUGGGGCCCAGCGCUGCCUGAGCACCGCAGUGGGCGCUACGCUCCAGUGUUCAGCCCUUCCACCGAGUCCCACCUGGAGGUGCAGCCCCUGCAGCCAGAGAAGGGCCAGAAUGAAGCAGCAGCUGCAUCCCCCGUGCAGGGCAGCAAUGGCUCAGCCCACAGCCAGGACUCCAGACUGUGACCCCCUACAAUCCCCGCACCCCCUCUAACCCCUCUUGCACCUUCCGCUGGCGGAGCCUGGCUCCGGGCUGCACUGGACCAUGGGGGCUCUCAGCACCCAUCCCCGAGACCCCCCCACCUCCUCGCCGGUUAACCCCUCCCGCCCCCGCCCCCGUGGCGUUCGUUAACCCUCGUGUUUACGGUAACCUUUGUGCUCGACGCUGGGACAAGAGAGGAGGGGGCACA